GCUUAUCUAGUAGGUGAAGGAUGUUGUGUUCAUUAAUAUUGUGUUCAUUAAACAAUCAUCUGCCGUCUAAAAAACGAGUGCAAAAUGUUCAGAUUUCAGUUUGGUUGGUAACUUUCAUCAUCAUUGUUUGUACUGCUCUGUGGAAACGAUUCUCUGCGUUACAGCUUUUAUAAGCUUGAGUUGAACCAAAUCCAGCUCCAGUAUUAUCAAUCUUUGGCUGGAAAAGUUCACUCUAUGCUUCUCGAUUUCCGAUAUGUCGAUUAGCGUGAUUUCCGCAAAUGAAGAGGAAGUGGCUAACUUCACUUUCGGAUCAGAUGGCCACAUAGGCAUACCUCUUGCAGGGCUGCUAGGGGCCUCUGGAUCGUCCAUGGUGUCUCUUCUGUCGCAGAUUCUGGUUGUGUUGAUGGGCUGUGGCCUAGAGGGAAACUUCUCCGCCAAGACACUCAUGGUGGUUCAAGCUGUAAGUGAAAUGGCGAAAAGAGCUCUACUCAUCUGUCUCACCAUGUGUGGUUACUUUGGAGGAGAUAUGUGCUUCAUGUUUCUCUCUCAGAUAGGAUGCAAAGUGUUUCUCUACCUCUCCUAUCUCCUUCUACUCGUUCCUGAUUGGCUGAUGAUUCUGGUAGCUGCUGACCGAUUGAUCGCAUUCGAGUAUGGCUUCGCAUACAAACUCUACUGCACCACGAAAGCCGCUUGGAUACCAAUAACAUGUGACAAGUUCAUUUAG